AUGUCUAUUCAUAUUCUACUAUCUAUCUAUCUAUCUAUCUAUCUAUCUAUCUAUCUAUCUAUCUAUCUAUCUGUGGAUUUGGCCAACCUUAGAUUAAGCGUUAUUUUUUAUGUUCCAUGCCGUCAUAUCUCCUUCAUUUCUUUUUCUAUUAUUUGUGAGUUGUUUUCCUAUCUUGUGAUCUUUCUUUCAUUCUUUUUUAUUUUAGACUAUUGUUCUUUUUUUUUUUAUUCGAUUUUCUUUCUUUCUUUCUUUUUAUCAUAUUCUUGUUUUUUUCUUACUUUCUUUACUUUGAUCAUAUUCUCCCUACUUUCCUUUAAACAUAUUCUCAUUCUUUUUUCUGUCUUCUUUCUUUCUUUCUUUCUUUCUUUUGAUCAUAUUGUCGUUCUUUUUCUUUCAAUCAAAUUCUCGAUUUUUUUCCUUCCUUUUGUACAUUUGAUCAUAUUCCCAUUUUUAUUUUCUUUCUAUCUUUUCUUUGAUCAUAUUCUCGUUCUUUCUUUCUUUCCUUUGAUCAUAUUCUCAUUGUUUGUUUGUUUCUUAUAUUUAUCAUAUUUCCGUUCUUACUUUUCUUUCUUUCUUACAUUUGAUCAUAUUCUCGUUCUUUCUUUCCUUUGA